CUACAACCGUAAAUACUCAUGCGACAACCUCACAAUUGUGAAGGUUGGCUUGCGUGAAACUACUUGACAGCAACAUUUCGAGACAAGAUGCAUAGCAUGUCAUUCCACGGCGGCGUCGCGGAAACCAUUCUGUUUCAUGACUGGCGCAUUAAUAACGCCCAAGGAAUGAUCGGUUCCGUGGUCGGUAUCAUUCUUCUGACCGCGUUGUACGAAGGGCUGAAGUCUUAUCGUGAGUACCUUUACGCGCGCACGACGUUCUUCAGGAGGAGUCAGCAGAAGAAGUCGAGAAAAGCACUCCUGUUCUCCGGGAUUCAUCUCUUUCAAACGUUCCUACACGUGAUCCAGGUGGUGCUCGGCUAUUUUCUCAUGUUUAUUUUUAUGACGUACAACUAUUGGAUCUGCAUCGCCGUGGGUGUCGGGACGGCUCUCGGAUAUUGGUUAUUUGCGUGGGAGAAAUCUAGUAACGAAAAUACGGAAUGUUGCUCGUAGAUAUAUCGUUGUAAGAAUAACUGUAAUACAGAGAGUGGCGAUAAUAAAUCGAUGGACUAUUCGGCACGCUCUUCUGUUCGCUGAAGAACGGGAUAAAUUAACAAUGGAUGACGAUAUCCGCUUGUUACUUCCUUACGCGUCUGUUUGUGUGAAAUGCCGUGCAUAUCUAUGCGAAAUCGUACUUUUUCCUGCUCGAUUGUCCCGUGCAAGAGAUUGAGUUCUGAGUAAUGACUCAAAUAAGACGGCAUUCGUGUGUUUCAGCAGAUAAGCAUACGCGAAACUUCGCUGAUCAAUUUUCAUAGUCUCGAGCAAUUGGAUAUCAUUUUACUCGCUAUCUAAUCUGUCUUUUCCGUUUAUUGCCUGAAGCACCGUGUCUGUUUCGUUCAUUCGUAGUAUCAGCCAGGGUAGGUGAAUCAUCGGCUGGCAUCGAGUAAUUCUUCAUUCAUCGCCGAUCAGCGAUCAUCAGAAUCAAACGGACGAUGGAGAGCAAUCAGAGCUGCACAUCGAUUUGUUGCAUGGAAUCCAACGAUCGUAUGCGACAAUGUACUUCAAUUCGCCAAAUUAUCUUCGGGUGGGACAGAUUCAAUGCCGUAGCGUGGUUGCUGCUACUCGUACUCUUCUGCAUUUGGUGUAUGACUUUCUUCCUUACCUACGCGAAACCGGAUGAUGAUAUGCAUAUGGAUAUGGAUAUGUAAUAUGUGUACUGAUAAGAUCGUUCCCAUCGUCAUCAUAAAAGAAUGAAGAAAAACGUAUAAUUGAACAAGUAUCAAGAGCGAAUGAUCGGACUUAUUAACUGGCGUACUUGUGCUGCUUCAUCGAUGAAAGCUUGAAGUACACGACGAUUAUUAAUUGGA